GUGUGUGUGUGAAGAAGCAAGAGCUACGUGCAUGGCCUGCCAAGAUGGAGAGCGUGUCGGGGCUCGCGGAGUAUGUUCGGCGUGGACAAAAGCUACCCCACCAUCUGAUAAGAUUCUGAUCUACACCCCCACCAAUCUGUCGCGUCGAGCUUCCCGUCCAUCGCGUCCUCACGCCAUUCGUCUCAUCUCCAAAUUUACACGUCGCAUUGGGCAACCUCAGAAUCUCUGCGUCGGUUUACAAUAAGCGAAUCUUAACGCGAACAUGGCGCACCCAGGCACCGCCCACAAAUACACCAAAGGCCUCAUCGCCUUCGAACACGCCUCCGCUCACCCUUCGCCUUCCUACAACACCAUCCUCUGGAUAGGCGGCCUAACAGACGGCCUCCUCACCGUCCCCUACCCCGCGCUCAUCGCAGCCUCCCUACCACCCACCUGGUCUCUCGCCGAAGUACUCAUUACUUCCUCUUACAGCGGCUGGGGCACCGGUAGCCUGGCGCGCGACGCAGCCGAACUAGGGGAAUGCGUGGCAUAUUUCAAGAAACUACGGCCGCUGAGGAAGAUUGUGCUUAUGGGGCAUUCGACGGGGUGUCAGGACAUCAUGGAAUACCUGCUUGGUAAAGGAAAUGAGGAGAGGGAGAAUGUAGAUGGCAUAAUACUACAGGGUGGUGUUAGUGACAGGGAGGCUUGGGAGGACUACUAUAAAGAGGGGGAGAGGAGAAAGCAACUAGAAGGUGCGAUUGCGAUGGCGAAGGAAUUGGUGGAUGCAGGCAAAGGCGAAGAGAUCUUAUCGCCAGAAAGCAAUCCCGUCUUCAAAGACAUGGGCGGCCCACUCAACGCAUACCGCGCCUACGCCCUACUCGCUAAGAACGGCGACGACGACUACUUCUCCAGCGACCUACCCGACUCACACUUCUCCACAACAUUCGGCCGGAUACCCCCCACCACACCCGUCUGCUUCCUCCUCGGAUCCGAAGACCCGUACGUGCCCGUGAGCAUCGACCGAGCAGCCCUACUCCGGCGCUGGACGAGGAUAAUACGGGAAGGCGAUGGUGUUGUCGAUGAUGAAGAUGGUGGUGUGAUACCGGGUGCACAUCACAAUCUUGAUGGGGACCCCGAGGAGGUUGUGCAGGAUCUCGUGAGGAGGGUUGUUGGGUUUGUUACGGGGUUGGGUGGAGAGAGGGUGUGGAAUAGUACUGGCGUUGAAUGUUUGGCAGGAAUGGGGUCUCUACAGUCGAACAAGGACUAGGACACGCAAUGUUGUACAAUUGAAUAUCAGUGUAGAUCUCUGCAUGCUUCAUUUGUACACACCGUGUUCUUGCCAAGUUCUAUCACAGUAGAUAAUACAUCUGACCUUUCUGCUCUAACUGAGUAGUUGUACAACACGAAAUUUCAAAAACAUGAGAAGCACACACUUCUUCAGUAUAAUAUAUUACCGUGGCAUACUAGCCACGCACGCCACUGCCUAUCGGCCCAUCCUCUACUCAACGAUAUCUAGCUUUUGGUAUCCCCA